AUGGCGGCGGCAACGGCUGCCGGUUGGCUGGGCUGGUUGUUCGCUGCGUUCUGCUUGGGCAGUACCAUCGGGAAAGCAACGUCGGGCCCGCAAGUACUGGGUUUCUGCGUGGAGGAGGACGGAGACCAGGGUUCAGGGUGGACGCGAGGAGAGGUGUUGGGGGCCGUGCCGGAGGCCACCUUCCUCCUGCGUUUCUCCGGCUCAGGCUUUGCCAACAGCUCCUGGUCCUGGGUUGCCCUCGAGGUGGCCGGCUGUCCCGAGGACAGGCCGUCCGCGGCGCCGGAGUUAGUGACGGCCCCUGCGGCAGGCGCGGGCGAGUGGCGUGCACUCCUGCGCCUGCGCGCCGAGGCCUUGCGUCCGCACUUGUCCCAGCUGGCGGUGCGCGUGGAGCCGGGCGGUGCGGCAGCUGAGGAGGCGGCGCCGCCCUGGGCGCUGGGCCUGGGGGCGGCCGGGCUGUUGGCGCUGGCGGCGCUGGCGCGGGGCCUGCAGCUAAGUGCGCUGGCGCUGGCUCCGGCCGAGCUGCAGGUGCUGCGGGAGAGCGGCUCGGAGGCGGAGCGCGCGGCUGCGCGGCGCCUAGAGCCUGCGCGACGGUGGGCGAGCUGCGCCCUGAGCGCUCUCUUGCUGCUCGCCAGCCUGGCGCAGGUGGCGCUUGCUGUGCUGCUGUACCGCGCCGCCGGCCAGCUCUUGGUGCCCGCCGUGCUGGGGAGCGCGGGGCUCGUGUUCCUGGUGGCGGAGGUGGUGCCUGCCGCGGUGAGCGGACGCUGGACGCUGGCACUGGCGCCUCGUGCACUCAGCCUCAGCCGCCUGGUGGUGCUGCUCACCCUGCCUGUUGCCCUGCCGGUGGGUCAGCUGCUGGAGCUGGCGGCACGCCCCGGGCGCCUCCGCGAGCGGGUGCUGGAGCUGGCGCGCGGCGGCGGUGACCGCUACAGCGAUCUGAGCAAGGGCGUUUUGCGCUGCCGGACGGUGGAGGACGUGCUCACGCCGCUCGAAGACUGCUUCAUGUUGGAUGCCAGCGCUGUGCUGGACUUCGGUGUCCUGGCCAGCAUCAUGCAGAGUGGCCACACGCGCAUCCCCGUGUACGAGGAGGAGCGCUCCAACAUCGUGGACAUGCUCUACCUCAAAGACUUGGCCUUUGUGGACCCUGAAGACUGCACGCCCCUCAGCACUAUCACGCGCUUCUACAACCACCCACUCCACUUCGUCUUCAACGACACAAAGCUGGACGCUGUCUUGGAGGAGUUCAAGCGAGGGAAGUCCCACCUGGCUAUCGUGCAGAAGGUGAACAAUGAGGGGGAGGGCGACCCCUUCUACGAGGUCCUCGGCCUGGUCACCCUGGAGGAUGUCAUCGAAGAGAUCAUCAAGUCAGAGAUCCUGGACGAGUCUGAAGACUACCGAGACACAAAGGUGAAGAGGAAGCCUACUUCUUUGAGUGCCCCUCUCAAGCAGAAGGAGGAAUUUUCCCUGUUCAAAGUGUCCGAGGAUGAAUGCAAAGUGAAGAUCUCGCCACAGCUGCUCCUCGCCACACAGCGCUUCCUUUCUCGAGAGGUGGAUGUGUUCAGCCCCCUGCGAAUCUCCGAGAAGGUCCUGCUGCAUCUGCUAAAGCACCCCAGUGUCAACCAGGAAGUGAAGUUUGACGAGAGCAACCGCCUGGCUGCGGACCAUUACCUCUACCAGCGCAGCCGGCCGGUGGAUUACUUUAUUCUCAUCCUACAGGGCAGAGUUGAAGUGGAGAUCGGGAAAGAGGGUUUGAAGUUCGAGAACGGGGCCUUCACCUACUAUGGAGUGUCUGCCCUGGCAGCACCAUCGUCGGUUCACCAGUCCCCGGUGUCCUCGCUCCGCCGUGAUCUGCAGCCCGAGCCAGCAGAUGGCCCCCGUCCUUCCACCUACUGUCCAGACUACACUGUGAGGGCCCUCUCUGACCUGCAAUUUAUUAAGGUUACGCGGCUGCAGUACCUCAAUGCACUCCUGGCUAGCCGAGCUCAGAAUUUGCCACAGUCCCCUGAAAGCAUGGACGUCCAGGUUAUCCCAGGCAGCCAGACCAGGCUCCUCUGUGACAAGACGGCGGCAGCACCAGGGUCCCAAAGCAGAGCAGGCAUCCCAUCAGAGGAGAGUCCUGGGAGGAACCCAGGAGUUUAA